AUGCCUUCCGUGGUGAACAUCGCGGAGGCGGCAGAAGCGGCGAAGCGGGUCGCCGCCGCCUUUAUGGCGGCGCGCGCUUCCGGCCAGUCCGAGGAGCAAGCCGCUGCCGCCGCGUCGUCCGUAGCCAAUCCGGAGCCAGUUAAAACGCCGUCGUUCGUCAUUCCGAAGAACAAAAUCUCGAUUCCCGGGCAAUCUUUGGCGAUCGUGCCGGUUGGGGGAAGCGUUACGAAGGCUGGUGAGGAGGCGGAGGACGAUAAGCCGAAGCGGCCUCGGAAGUACCGGUGGGGGCCAGAUCCGCUUUUGGAUCCCGCGACGCGCAGGGGUCGCGCGCUGGCCAUUCAGACGCGAAUCGAGCAGAUUUCGUCGCAGCUGGAGCUGAACACUCUGGAGAUCGACGAGAACGAGGCCACGCGCUCGCCGUCCCCGCCGCCGAUCUACGAUAACAUGGGCCAGCGCCUCAACACCCGCGAUCAAAGGAAGCGGGAUCAGCUUGACAUUGAAAAGCGCAGAGCAAUAGCUGAGUGUAUCAAUCUGAACCCCCACUUCAAGCCGCCUGCGGGGUACAAGCCUGUGCUCGAGGAGGCAAAACUCUUCGUGCCGGUCAAGCAAUACCCGGGCUACAACUUCAUCGGCCUCAUUAUAGGCCCGCGCGGCAACACUCAAAAGCGGAUGGAACAGGAAACGGGUGCUCGUAUCGUGAUCCGAGGGAAAGGCGCAACAAAAGAAGGAAAGAAGGACAAGUACCAGGAGGGCGCGAGCGAGGACCUACACGUCUAUAUCUGCGCGGACAAGCUGGAGAAGGUGGAUGCGGCUGUUGACAUGAUCGAGCCUCUUCUGACGCCCAUCGAUGAAUGGCGCAACAUCCACAGGCGCAAGCAGCUGAGGGAGCUGGCCCUGAUGAACGGAACGAUGAAGGACGUGCAGCAGGUGUGCUUCCUGUGCGGGGAGCCGGGUCACAAGGACUUCCAGUGCCCCAAGGAGAAGCUACAGACGUUCAAUGCUAAGGUCACCUGCGCCAUCUGUGGAGAUGGAGGCCAUCCGACCGUUGAUUGUCCCAGGAGGAGGGCUGGAGGGCCGCCGGGCAAGGGCAUGGAUCAGGAGUAUCAGUCCUUCCUCAACGAAAUCAACGCCGGCACAGGCGGACCAGACGGAAGGGGCGAUGGGAGAGGGGACGGGAGGGGUGACGGCAGGGGGGACGGUAGGGGCGAUGGUAGGGGGGAUGGCAGGGGGGACGGCAGGGGCGGUUCUUAUGGAGAUCGGAGGGGUGGAGAUGGGUACAGGGGUGGCGGUGAUGGGUACAGGGGCGGGGACGGGUACAGGGGCGGUGACAGUUACAAUCGCGGCGGUUACAGCGACGGCGGUUACGGUGGUAACCGCGGGGGGCCAGGGGGAGGGGGAGCGCCGGGGGGAGGGUCUUACCCCCCUGGGCGGGGUCCCCCAGGGGGUCCCCCCCCCGGAUCCUACCAACCGCCAGGCAUGGGCGGACCUCCCCCCGGCCGCCCCGCGCCCUCGUCCUUCCCCCGCCCCUUUGCCCCAGGGCAGGGUCCCCCCGGGAUGCCAGGUCAGCAGCCAGGUCAGCAGGGCGCGUACAGCCACGUGGGCAUGCCAGGUCAGCCGCCCGCGCGCCCAAGCCUGACUCCUGGUCCGCCUAUGGUUCCCCGGGGGCAAGGUCCCCCGCCUGUGGGGGGGUAUCCUGCAGGGGGGGCGGGGGGAGCGCCCCCGCCUGGGGGCCCGGGGGGAGCGCCCCCUGCCCCAGGCCCAGCGUGGGGGGAUGACCGCGCCAGCAAGCUGCCGAGAAUGGACGGUGGGCCGACAGACGCGCCCUCCUCCUACCCGCCGCCCCAGCAGCAGCAGACAGGACAAGGAAUGCCGCCCCGGCAGCGCACGGGGAUUGGGUACCAGGCCCCUCCUCCUGGCCCGUCUGGUCCGUCUGGGUACGGCCCUCCCCGCCCCGCACCUGGGUACGGACCUCCCUCCGGACCUCCUUCCGGACCUCCCACCGGACCGCCUACCGGACCUCCCUCUGGUCCUCCCGGGCCAUCUGGACCGGCCGGGUAUGGCCCUCCUUCCGGACCUCCUUCCGGGCCUCCCUCCGGACCUCCUGGACCUUCUGGUUCGGGGUAUGGGGCGCCACCGCCAGGCCCGUCCACUGGGGGGAGCUAUGGGGGCGCGCAGGGGCAGGGGUAUGGGCAGGGAUAUGGGCAGGGGUCCGCGCAGGGGCAAGGUUAUGGUUCCGCGCAGGGGCAGGGGGGGCCGGGGGGAGCUCCCCCUUCCCCCUUUGGCCCUGGUGGCGCUCCUGGGUUUGGGCUGGGGGGUCCGCCUCCCCCCUUCCCUGGGGCUAUGGGCGCGCCCAGGUUCCCUGGUCCGGGUGGUUACCAGCAGGGGGGUCCGGUGGGUUUCGGGGGUGCUAGACCUCCUGCUGCUCCCCCUGCGCCUGCAGGGGGACAGGGGGAGGCGGAAGAUGCGGAAUAUGAGAAGCUGAUGGCAUCGAUUGGCGUGCAGUAG